GCGCUCAGUACGCGCUCGGCGUUCCGUCUCUUCCGGACUCCCUCCUCCACCCCACCCCCAUUGGCCUCCCAUCACAGGGACCGCAGAACCCAGACUAGCAGCCUCCCCUUGCGAAGACAGGUCGAGCCCGCUCCUGGAUUACCGCAUUGUUUUGUCAUUUCCCAGCCACAGAGAUGGAGAGGAAGGAGAAAAUGGUGACGAUGAGGAUGACGAUGGUGCGCUCUCCAUGGUGGAUUUCCCUUUUGUGCGUCUGCGGAUUGAUGCACGUCGGUCACCAGAACAACCUCCAGCCCCUUAAUGGCGUCUCGUCGAUCUUCAAUGCGCCUCGUAAAGAAGGCAGGUUUCUGGGCAAGGAGGACACGCUGCCUGUCCGCCUGCUCUACAGCCGACACAACCACAGCCAGAUCGGCCACGAUCAGCUCAGCACCCGGGUGAGGGGCAGCCACGGAUCCCCGCAGAUGAACCACGUGGCCCAGGCCAGCUUUCAAGUGGAGGCUUUUGGCAGGAAGUUCACCUUGGAUGUGGAGCUAAACCAUGAUCUGCUGUCUUCAGAGUACGUGGAGAAACAUUUGUCAGCGGAAGGGAGGACAGUUGUCACCGCUGGAGGAGAGCAUUGCUACUACCAGGGGAAAGUCAGAGAUGUACCUCACUCCUUUGCGGCCCUCUCUACCUGCCAUGGACUUCAUGGAAUGUUCUUCGAUGGAAAUCACACCUACUUGAUCGAACCAGGCGGCGAGCGUGGCACCAACAAUGAGGAUGACAGUGUUCACACGCUGUACAAAUCUGGAGGACCAGAGAGACUUCUUCAUGAUCUCACUGUAGCCCUUCCAGAGCCACCAUUUCCCAGCCCUGUAUUGCCUGGAUCAAGGGAUGUUUACCGGAGAAAAAAGAGACAGGCUCUACGUUUGUCACGAAGUGUUCGGGAUGAGACAAAAUAUAUUGAGCUGAUGGUGAUCAAUGACCAUUUGAUGUACAAGAAGCACCGCCUCUGUGUCGGCCACACCAAUAACUAUGCUAAGUCAGUGGUCAAUAUGGCUGACAUGAUUUUCAAGGAACAGCUGAAUACUCGCAUUGUGUUGGUCGCCAUGGAAACCUGGUCCGCCGACAACAAAUUUAACAUCGACGACGACCCCAUAGUUACCCUGAGAGAGUUCAUGAAGUACCGAAAGGACUUCGUCACAGAGCGAUGCGAUUCUGUACACCUUUUUUCAGGAAAUCUCUUUCACAGCUGGAGCGGAGCGUCCUACAUGGGAGGUGUGUGCUCUCUCUCUAAAGGGGGAGGAGUAAAUGAGUAUGGAAAAACAGAUGAGAUGGCCAUAACUCUCGCUCAAUCCCUAGGGCAGAACAUUGGCAUCUUUUCUGACAAGAAGAGGAUCCUUAGCGGAGAGUGCAAAUGUGACGAUUACUGGUCAGGCUGCAUCAUGGAUGAUGUUGGCAUUCACCUGCCCAAGAGGUUCUCUGACUGCAAUGUGGAGGAAUACUAUAACUUCCUCAACAGUGGCGGGGCAGCCUGCCUGUUCAACAAACCCCAGAAACUGCUGGACCCUCCUGAAUGUGGAAAUGGCUUUGUGGAGCCAGGAGAGGAGUGUGACUGUGGCAGCCCACUAGAUUGUGCCAAAGAGGGAGAGAACUGCUGUAAAAAGUGCACCCUAACUCAAGGCUCUAAAUGUAGCGAUGGAUUGUGCUGCAAUAACUGCCAGAUGGAAUUCAUGGGGGUUGUAUGCCGGGAUGCAGUGAAUGACUGUGACAUCCCCGAAAACUGCACAGGAAUCUCCAGCCAGUGUCCACCAAAUCUGCUUAAGAUGGAUGGUUACACAUGUGAAAAAGACCAGGGGCGCUGCUUUAAUGGAAGAUGCAAAACCAAAGAUAAACAGUGCAAGUACAUUUGGGGCGAGAAGGCCACGGCGGCUGACAAGUUCUGCUAUGAGAAGCUCAACAUUGAGGGGACAGAGAAGGGCAACUGUGGGAGAGAAAAAGACACCUGGAUCCAGUGUAACAAACAGGACGUUCACUGCGGUUAUCUGCUAUGCUCCAACAUCUCGCCCCCUCCACGACUGGGAGAACUACAAGGAGGCCUAACAUCCUUUUCAGUGGCAAGACACAGUGGCUCACUGGACUGCAGUGGUGCUCAUGUGGUGAUCGAUGGAGACACUGACCUGGGCUAUGUGGAGGAUGGAACGGCCUGCGGGACAGACCACAUCUGUUUCAACCACAAAUGUCUCCCCCUCCAGCAGUUCAACUUUAGCAUCUGCCCCGGGACCACUGACAAAACCGUCUGCUCGGGACAUGGGGUGUGCAGUAAUGAGCUGAAGUGCGUGUGUUACCUGGGCUGGGCGGGAGAGGACUGUAACGCCACGUCGCCGCUCAGCUAUCUCGUAGUGGGACCCACAGCCUCUGUAUCAGGCAUUACCAGUACCAAUAUCAUCAUCUCUGCCAUCGUAGGCUCCAUCCUUUUCCUUGCCCUCAUACUUGCUGUGACAGCCUGGUGCUACAAGAGCUACAAGCAGAGAUGCUACGUGGAGUCUGAGGUCCACCGAAGAUUCUGCCGGCAAAUGCCCCCAGGUGACUAUGUAACAAAGCCCAGCGAUGCUGAUUCAUUUUACAGCGACAUGCCGCCCGGCAUGAGCACAAACUCGGGAUGCAGCUCCAAGAAGAGGUCAGCCUGCCUGUCACAUCUCCAGAUUUGUGCCCUGUCCUUCACUCCAUCCAUCCCAUCCAUAACUCAGAACAUCUCAGUGUUUGGCUUCAGGUCUAAUGGUCUCUCCCACUCGUGGAGCGAGAGAAUCCCAGAUGCCAAACACAUCUCUGACAUUUGCGAAAAUGGCCGACCGAGGAGCAACUCGUGGCAAGGGAAUCUCGGGGGCAAUCGCAAGAAACUGAAAGGAAAGAAGUUCCGUGCUCGCUCCAACUCUACAGAGACACUGUCUCCUGCUAAGUCCCCCACUUCCUCUACAGGAUCGAUUGCAUCCAGCAGGAGAUACCCUUACCCAAUGCCGCCUCUUCCCGAUGACCAGAGAAAAGCUAACAGGCAGAGUGCAAGGCUGUGGGAGACGUCGAUAUAAGAGCAGAGGAGAAGAAAACACAAUGUCACUGAAACACACACAAACACUAAAACAAUGAAAUGGAUUCCAAUCAGUAAAAGACUACAAACCGUGUUGAAAGAACCCAACGGAGGAAAGCAGCACACAUCUGAUCUAGUCUGGCCUGUCGGUGCUCAGACCACAACAUUGUCCUCCAUGUUUAUUUCUGCAUCUGUAGCUCAUUGGUGAGUGACAAAUACCGAAUGCAUGAAUUAACAAAGACACUUUGGACGCAUGUCAGGAGCAAACAUAAAUGAUGAAGCAUCUUUUCUCCUCCAUGUUUGUUUGUACAUAUAUAAAGACAACAACACUUUCUCUUUCUGUUUAAAUUGCUGGAACGUCUCAAGCCUCACGAAUGUAGAACCUUCUUAUGUCACAUUCCUGUGUCCAACAGGACCAACAUUUUUUUUACAUGCCAUUGUUACGUUUGGAUGUCCGACACCCUUUAAGAGGACAUGAAAAUGCACAAAACUCUUUGCUUGAUUCAGCGCUGGUCAAAGUUGUGUUUUUAUUGGCCCACAUUGCAAACAAAACAAAACAAAAAAUGUCGAGAAUGGCGCUUUUUAUUUUGCCUAUCCUUAUGAGAGAUAAGAAUACAUUUCUUCUCUUUUUGUGCAUUUUAACUUGUAAUAAUCAGCUCGUUGUAGGUGGCUAACAAUGCAGCAAAAGGGAGUUAUCCAUUCUGCCUCUAAAUCACUCUAAAAUUGCUUCUAAAAACCGCCAACUAACUAAAGAGUUAACAUACAGGAAACGUAGAAAAACCUCGCCUAGCUCACAGAGACACUCACAGACUAGGGCUGGGCGGUAUAUUACAGGUAUCUUUUGAUGUGCCUUUUUUACGGCCGUUUGCUAUUCUCUGCGCCUGACGGCUGCAGCACGGGGCAUUCCCUUUAGUUUCUCUGACGCACAAUGACUCAACACAACAAAAAAUGUUUUAGAAGAAUAUGGUGGCUCCGGUGUGACUCCUCGACUCCUGAGUGAUGCAAUGCAUUCGUCACUGAGGGAAAGAUGAAUGCAACAAUAUAGAGACAUUCCGGAUGAAAACCAAAGCUUCCAAUCCAACCUGAUGAAACUUGAGAGGUGCUGCAAAUAGGAAUGGGCAAAACUGCCCAAAGAUAGGCAUGUGAAGCUUGUGGCAUUGUAUUAAAAAAGACUUAAGGCUGUUACUGAAUCCACAAACUACUGAGCUUUGAAUACUCAUUAUGUACACGAGAUUUUUUUUUCAUUAUUUUUUUUUAUUUGUAGUACAUUUUCAAAAUUUAAAAAAAAGAAAAAAUGUGUCAUUGUGUUUAUGUGGUGUUAUGUGUAGAAUGUUGAGGACAAAAAAGAAUGUAUUCCAUUUUGGAAUAAGGUUGUAACAUAAAAUGUAGAAAAAGUAAAGCGCUGUGAAUACUUUCCGGAUGCACUGUAGGCGUCUCCCAUUAGCUGCAAUGUUAGCUGCAUCUUGCCAGCAUUUUCUUUUUUUAGGUUUAGAAUCCUAAAAAAAAAAAAAAGACUUGAUAGUUCUUGUUUCUCAAUGAUUGUGAAUGAGAGGUAACAUUCCAAAAAAGUGCAAUCCCCCUGUAAGCUGCAGGCUGUUUUGUACUUUAAAUGGGUCCUUUCCUACUUAAAGUAUUUUUACUCCUUGAACUUUUCCACAUUUUAUCUUGUCAAAGCCACAAACAUGAAUAUAUUAAAUGUGAAAGACCAACACAAAUAAUGCAUGAUUUUACAAUUACUUUGACAAAUAAGCAAAUAUUCAACAGGCUGUGUUUGUCAGUGCAAUUACAGUUGCAAGUCUUUUAUGAGCUUUUUUCUCUGGCAGAGUACUUUUUUUUAAACAUUUCCACACAUUAAAUCAAAGUAAAAAAAAAACUGUUUUUGGUUUUAAAGUGUGGACAAGUUCAAGGAGUAUGAGUAAUGUUUAAAAAUGGUGUAGUCUGUGCUCUACACAGUGGCAUGGAGACUUUCGUUUUCAUGCCACUCUUAAAAAUUGAGAAUAAUCAAGUUUGUGACAUUUCCACAACAUCUUUAAAAAUUCCUGUCAGACCUGUAGGAUGUCUCCAGCACCCUAACAAGGCUGAGUAGGCGUGGUCGGGGAAUAGGCUGCGGAGCAAAAAAAGAGAAGAAUGCAGAUUUGGAGAGUAUUUUAUUCAAAUAAAGUUAGUGUAGUGUUCCGCUGUGGUCCAAUAUCAUUUUAAAUGAACGGAAUAGGUCUCCUUUAAUUAUAUAGUAUGUCACUUCUUAGCUGGAAGGGUUCAUUUUAGCCUGUUUGAAAAAAUUUCAAAUAUCAAAUUGGCCGCCGCGUCCUUUGAUGUUUCAGUCUGCCAAGCCUCAGUGGAAAAAGUUUAGACACCCCUGAUGUAAUGAUGAUAACAUUUUGAGGAUAUCUUUAUUACAUAACAUGUACACUGCAUGUCGGCUAUCCCAUUUUGAACACAACCUCCAGGGAGUGCCACAAGUCAUGGGUAUAAUCAUUUUUACAUGUUUGCACAUAAUUAAUUCUGAAAGUCACAGUUUAUCCAUAAACUAUGACUUUAGAAAGACAAACAUGUGUUUUGUUUUGCUUGCAGCAGCAGUGUUGCUAUGGAAGUGUUUAGGAAAGAAAACAUGUCAAGGACGUACAAUUUUAACGAUGCAUUUGUUGUUUUGUUUAGCACCUUUGAAAUUCAUGUCUUCAUUAAGCUUAGACAUUAUAAUGUAAAAGUCAACAUACUGGAUUCAUAUAGCUACUAAUAGUAUAUUUUCAUUAGGUACCUUUGUAUUGUUCACUUUUUUGUCUUUACAUUAUGUACAGCAGUGACUCACUCAGUCAUUAAGUGCUCUACUACUGUAUAUAUGUCUUUGAGUGGGGAUUUUAUUUUUCAUAUUGUUUGUUGGUGUUAAAAAUUUGCUAAUUUGCCUUUUAAAAUAAAAUGUGUCCAGCAUCUGGCAUCUCUAAUUUGAAUCAUUAUUAUUAUCAAUAAUAAUAAUAAUAAUAAUAAUAAUAAUGCACUACAUUGAGUCAAGAUGUUGGUAUGGAUGUCAUGGACCUAAUUCAACAUUGACUGCCUGGUUCAUUGAAUGUAAUCCUGAAUACACAUAAAAUUAAUUCUUUAUUUUAAUUUUCACUCUAAGCUCUGCCCACAUGUCCUGAUAAAAAACACUUUUUUAAAAUAGUUUUUGCUUGUACAAAUGCAAAAAUCAC